GUUUCGCAGAUGAUCUGAAAAUUUACUUCAAUUAAUGAUUGUAUGUUACUUCAAAAUUACAUUAACAGUAUUAACAUUUGGUGUACUGCAAAUUUGGUUAAGGCCGAUAUCCAUAGUUUUGCAGGCACGAGGGAAAUGAUUUAUCCCACGAAUAGCACUAUCGGUAAAAAAAAUGUCACUUACAGCAUUAAAUAAUAAUGCUUUGAUUUUUGCAAUUGUGGUAGAAAAAAUUUUAUAAAAAAAUUAUUUGUUACUAAAUUGUAAUUAAGAAAUUUUUAAAACUAAGUAUUUCAUAUUUAUAAGAACUGUACACGGUCUUUAUUUUACAUACAAAUCAAAUUGAGUAUCCUUUACAAUUCCUAUAGCCCAAAACUGAAACAUUACGUACAGAAUUUAAAUAAUUUAAUUUUUAGACUUUUGUACUAACCGACGCGUGGAGUUCUAAAACAGAGCAGAUGUCGUGUGAGUUCAGUGUUCUGCCGGUAGAGAUCAGGCACAAUUUUCCACGAUGAGUUCCGAGUUACCCGCUAGAUGCCUCGACUAUCGCAGAGAAGUUCUGGCGGGAAUAAUGCAAUUAUGAAACGUUUAACUGACAAAACUUGUAUCAGUGAACGUGUGCUGGUGUUGUUUAUUCAAGAUGAAGGUGAGCAGAAAAUUUAAGGAAGUUAAUCGACGAAAAAUUGAGUAAGUAUUUUUAUGUAAUCGUACAUCGUAAUUGCAAAUAUUUUUUUCUCUCUGUAAAAGUAACUUGAGCCUAUAAUUAUCAUCCGACAUAUACCUAGACUUUUGAAGAAUUUCGCAGAUAUAGCGGUUCAAAGUAAAGAGUUGAUUUAUACUUAGCGGAAAAUUUUCUUUUUAUAUUAAAUUUUAAAAACAUCAUUGUGUAUUGUAAAUUGUGUAUUAGCGUUUAUAAUAAUUUACAUUAUUAUAUAAAAUGACACACCUUUAUUUAAUUAAUUAAGAAUAGAGCUCCUUUCUGAAACUUAUUAAUUUUUUUGGUGAUUUUCCGUUACAUAAAUUUUUGAAAUUUUAUAAAAUAAUAACGUAUAAUGAAUGAAACAUAGCCAACGCAAAAUGCAUGAGUUAAGUAUUUUAUAUCAGUAACAAGAAUCGUGAGAACGCUAAAACAAAUUAAGACUCAAGUACUAACUUAAAAGAUUCCAUUGCCGUUUUAAUUGUUUCUUCUUAACUGUCACAACGGUACAGGGGUUAUUCGUUUUCGUUAUGUAUAUAUUUUGUUAGCUGAAAAAAGAUUCCAAAUUUAGUAUUAUUUAUGGAUUCUGAGCAAAAACUUAUGUUGUAAACUAGUUUGAAAACUAACAUAAAUUUCGAUUAUAACUAAUGGUGGUUUAUACUAGACUUAUUAACUAAUGGUUAUUUAUACUAGACAUAAAUUUUGAAGACAGUUUUAGGUUUUUGGAUUACAAAUUAGUAAUAUAUCACACAGAAAACACGAUAAAGACAUUUUACCGUGCCACGUAUAAGUCUUAACUUAUUAUUUUGUAGAUGUGUAAUGAAUAGAUAUACCUAAAUUUACGCAAAAUAAAUAGUCAAAAGUUAGAGAAAAAAAAACUUAAAUAACGAGAGAAAAAACUAACAAAUAUAAAGCCAUUUACUCAUAUAAAUAUAGGCUAUGCAAAAAAUACAGAAGAAACAAUUUUAACAGCGAUAGAUUAAGAGACGAAGUGUAGACAAAAAGCAGAUAAACCACAGAUAAAUAUGUAUCUACAGUGGCAGAUACAGGAAUGGGGAGGGGAGACAUAGCCGCAUUCUCACCCCCCCCCCCGGACCAACCUAAAACAAAACACUUAAUAGUUUUUAACUUUUUUCCUAAUGCUUUAUCAUAGUGUACCAAUCUUACCUAAAUAUUGUUUUACUGCAGUGCUAUAGAUAACGGGACGUUUUUGAACCACUAAUAAAAUCUACUAAAUGUUUCAAUCGUAAAUGUACUAAAAUAGUAUUAGAACAUUUUAUUUGGUCCUCCCCUAAUCAUCAUUCUUGGUUAUCUGCAAUGAAAUAGUUUUCACUCAUUACCUAUUCUAAUGAAUUACAUUAUUUUCUGUAGGCUCGCAAGAUUAGUGAAAGCCCGGAAGAAGCUCGGGUUGCUCCAAAAAAAUUUGGUUGUUGGUGGUGGUUCUGCAGAACCAGCAUUGCCGGAAAGCCAAAAUGGUGAAACUUUGGCACCCACAGUGCCCGAACAGACCGGCAUUUCACCUUCAGUGGCGGCGUGUGCAUCACAUAUAAUCGAUGAUUGUACAAACAUUAUGCCUGAUGACGAUCAAAGGAACGAUAAUCUCCCCCCACUGGUAGUGGUUUACGAGCCUCCACUGCCACAUACAGAUCCGGGACUCAGCAUGCUAAAUGGCCGGAUGCUGGUGGACAUGCGUCAUUUCAUAGUGCAGUGUCGUCUUCUGGAGAGACACAGAUGUCCGAUUUCAUCUUCAGGAAUGUAUGUGCUGAACAGUGUACAAACGUACGGCCUACUGACCGAUUUUAAAUUCAAGUGUACACACUGCAACCAGGAGCAGCAUUUCAAGUCGGAACCUGUGGAAUGUCUUCCAGUGGGAAGACCAAAAAAAAGAAAACAGGAUACAAACCACCUAGAUGUCAAUGACAAGAUGGUCUGGGGCACAAUUUCAGUUGGCUUAGGCUAUGGGCCAUUGCACGAAUUGUUGUCAGUUAUUAAUGUACAUCCUAUGAGCCCAGGUUGCUUUGCUUACCAUGAAAACAAAAUAGGAGAACACUGGAAGGUAAUGUUGCAGAAGGAAAUGGAAGAUGCUGCACUGGAAGAGUUCUCUAUGGCGAAAGACGAUGGACGAAUCUGUAUGGUUGGAGAUGAGGAACAUGCUUGGACAAUAGGAAUUUUGGAUGGAGGUUGGAGCCAAAGAUCCUAUGGUCAUAGGUAUUCUGCUAAGUCUGGAUGUGCUAUAAUAAUUGGGUUCUACACUAAGAAAUUGUUAUUCCUUGGUGUGAGAAACAAAUAUUGUACCGCAUGCAUUCGGAGCGAACGAAUGGAAAUGGAGCACACACCGCACUUGUGUUUCCGGAACUGGUCUGACUCUUCCACUGCAAUGGAGGCAGACAUUAUAGUGGAAGGAUUCCGGUUCUGUGAAGACAAGUACAAACUUCAAUUUAAGAAGUUUGUUGGUGAUGGUGAUUCCAGUGUGCAUGCAGCCAUAAUUGCAAAUGUUUCGUAUGGGAGAGAUGUUGAAAAGAUUGAAUGUGCUAACCAUGUCGUGAAGAAUCUUAAAAAGAAUCUUUAUGCCAUGGCCAAGGGCAGCCAUACACGGCAUCUCAGCCAGUCGAAAAUCCAAGCCCUUUGUCGCUGUGCAAGAGGUUGUAUCAGCAACUGUGGGGGUAAUGCUGUGCAACUUCAAUCAGCACUUCUAAAUGUGCCGAACCAUGUGUUUGGAGAUCAUAAGUUAUGCCAUUUAGAAGUGUGUGAGAGAGCUGGUACAUCAGCGAAUCCCUGCAGUUAUGAUUAAUUGCCUCGUGAAUUGGUUGUGGUAGUCAAACAAGCUUUUGACCGAGUGAGAGCAAAGUCACAAGCACUUGUAUUGGAUCUCACAACCAACCAAGCAGAAAUGUACAUGUCAUUAGUAGCGAGGAUGGCAGGCGGUAAGCAGAUUACCGUUCACAACAGGGGUCUUACAGCCGAAGGGCCACUGCUGCAGGUUUGUCUUUCCAACUUCGCUACAAAUGGCAUGGACAAACUAUGAAGGCGAUCACAGGUCACAGCCCUGGAGUGACUGUGAAGCGAUUAAUGGCAAAAAGACAGAAACAGCAGGCAAACUGUAGGCGAAGGCUGGACAUGAAUCCUCACGCACCACGAAAAUCGGAAUCAUCUAAGCCACAUGGUGAUAAGAGCUAUGGUCCUCACGCAACUCAGCCUCCAGCCUCUGGUCAUGAAUUAGAGGUUCUGACUGAGUCUGUGAUGAGAAGCAUAGAACUUACAGUGCAAGAAAGAAAUGAUCUGGAGGUGCAGACACGAGAUCAAGGAAGCAGUCAGUUGUGGAUGAAGGAGCGGAGAAAACGAGUCACUGCUUCCUUUUUCGGACGUGUCUGUAAAAUGAGGGAAAACACUUCGUGUAAAGUGACAGUGGAAGCAAUUGUGUACAGUCGUGUAUUGGAGAAUGCUGCCACAAUUCAUGGCCUUGCAAACGAGCGCGUGGCUGUUUCUUUGUACCAAGGAAAAACAGGCCAUACUGUUCAACAGUGUGGUCUCUUUGUUGACCUUCAGCAUUGCUUUCUUGCAGCUUCUCCCGAUGGUUUAGUUGGUGAUGAUGGUUUGGUGGAGGUGAAAUGUCCAUACUCUGCAAGAGAACUUAACCCUUUAGAUGCGGCAGUGCAACUCAAAUCGUUCUUUUGCAGAGUUGCCGAUGGUGAGCUUUGCUUGAAUCGCUCUCACAAUUACUUCUAUUAAGUGCAAGGGCAAUUGCACAUCACACGAAGGAAGUGGUGUGACUUUGUAGUUUGGACAACGAAAGGCAUUUCGAUAGAAAGAAUUGUGAGAGAUGAUUGUUUUUGGCUUGAGAAAAUGGAGUUAAAAUUGGUGCGGUUUUUUAACAACUGCUUGUUGCCAGAGCUUGCUGAUCCAUGUCGUCCCAGGGGACAACCGAUUCGUGAGCCAGAAUAUAUUAUACAGGCACAAGAAAGUCGUUCAAAGAAACGCAAAAUUGCAGAUGUGUGAAUGUUGAGAGACAGAAAUUGUGUGGCUGACGAGAACUCUUUUAUUUUUUAAUUUGAUACAUUGAUGCUUUAUAUCUGAUAAAAAAUUCUAAUUAUUGUUUACUUCUCAUGCUUGUACAAAUUGAACAGUACUGUAAAUGUAUUUUUUAAUGACAUAAGCAAUAGUAAGUUAUUAGCUGAUAUUGAACACAAACAAUUUUUUCAUGACUACAAAAAAUAAGGUUCUCUGCUUGGCGAGUGAUUAAAUUAUACUAAUGUCAAAAAUAUGUUAUCGGGAAAAAAUAAAUUAAGUUAUUUUAUACCACUGAAAUCAAACUGAAAAGUCUUUGCAACUGGUAUCUCAUACAAGAAAUAUGAAACAUAUUCGUGCUUCAUUUUGUAUAAAAAUAAAACACAUAUAUAAUAUCGGGAGACAGCCUUGAAAAUCUUGCAUAUCACCAACAUGGCCAAUGAGACUCAUAGUCAUGUUUACAAUGGCAAGACAGCUAGCAAACCAGUUCAGUUUACAUGCAGCUUAACUGAAAAAUUUAUUCAAUUUUUUCGGUGUAGUUUUACGCUCAAAAUUAAUACAAAACCAAAUCAGCAAUCCUUGUUCGAUCAUUUAUAAUAUUACAAAAAAAUCUUCCAUUUCCUUCAAAUUGUAUUGAGCACUAAAAUAUUGAUUUACUUUUGGCCCAGAUUUUAUUUGACGAUAGCUACUCUGUAGAGUUUCGCUUGUUUGCAUUGUUUAUUUAUUAGGUUUAAAUCAUGGCCAAAUGUAUUGAAGCGUAACACAAAUUAUAUAUAUGUGUGUGUCUGGUUAGGAAUCUGUAUGAUGUACUAGAAAAACUAUGUCCUAUCAGUGUAAUAGUUGUAGCCUUAUAAGCGUUGAAUAUUUAUGAAACAUUUUAUUUCUUUGGUUUUUAAAGCCACAGACUUGUAUUUUAUUUAUUUCAUUUAGACAACAACAUGCAUCCGUGUUUUCUACAUUGCAAGCUCUGUAAUAUUUUGAAUGUUAUAGUAAAUUUUGCUUUUUAAAAUCUGUGAUUUAUGUGCAGUAGAGUAAUUGGUAAUUUUUUAUAAUUUCUUUUCAUAUUUUUAAUGAUCCAUUUGCUAAUAGUAUAUACACUUCUCCAUUUAUUAUAAUAAACACAUAUUCCAUUAUUGGAAUUCUUUAAGAAUGGGUAUCACAAGACUACAAAAA